GAUUUUUACUCUCAAAUAACGUCCUACCAUUCAAAACGAUGGAUGCACUACAGGCGGCGUGCGUGGCGCUGCACGCGCCGCCAACAGGCCCGGAGGCCGAGCGCCGCCGUGCAGAAGCGGAAGCCGUGCUAGAGCAUUUUAAGCGCAGUCCCAGCGCUCUAGGUGAUGCGAUGACAUUACUGCAUGACACCCAGACGCCCCCGGUUGUGCAGUUUCAUUGUGUAGCUACCAUCCGCGAGGUAACAUUACAGCGCUGGCCACUGCUGGCGCUGCCAGACAAGUCGCAAGCGCUCGAUUUCCUGAUGCAGCUGCUUCUAGAGCGCGGUGCUGCGCUGCCGAGAUUCGUGGCAGCUGCAGCGCUGCAAACCGCGGUGCUACUGGUCAAACGCGGCUGGCUCGACCGCCUUGAAUCCGAACGGACAGCAGUGUUACAGCAGAUGGGUGCUAUGUUGCAACCUGGCAACGCUAUAGCUCAUCGCCUAUUGGCUGCCAAGUGGUUGCUGGCGUUCGUGACAGAGUUCUCGUCCGCAUCGAGGGCGAGCAACAUGAUGCAGCCUGUGGAGUUCCACACCAAGUCACGACGCACAUUGGAGAAAAGUGGAGGACUAAAGAAUAUUGUUGCACUUGCUGUGCCGCUACUGGAAGACUCUAUUCGCAGCACGACAACGGCCUGUGGAGACGCUGGAUCUGCGGGAGAUGUACCCGUGGAACAAUUGGAGCUGCUGGAUGCAGCCUUUCGCCUUUGUGUAGAGCUAUUGAACUGGCAGUUUGAAGACCCGCGUGUUGGAAAUUUGACUUGGAGUUUGAGCGUCUCGGCGAACGAUGACGAUACUGGAAACCGGCCGGUACUGACCCCGCAGGCUUCUUGGAGACCGAUUUUGGUGCGACCGGAUUUGAUUCACUCAGCUUUCAAUACUUACGCUUUCUUUCGCAAUGUAGCGGCCAAGAACGAGACGCUACUUCACUUGGCUAGGCAGUUCCUCAUUCAGUUGGCGUCGCUGCAGGGCCCCAUCUUCGAGCGCAAGACUGAACAGGUGCAAUUUAUGGGUGAAAUCUUCCGUGGUGUCGUCACAGUUGUGCACAACCCAUUUCUGGAUCUCUUGGCGCAGAGUGAUAUUACUGGAUAUGAGCUGGCAACUCGCGAAUUGAUCGACUGCUGCCAGUUGCUCUUCCGUCUCGUUAACAACAUAGGACUUACAGCGCUGCUUCAAGCUAACUCGGGACAACUUUUCUCUUCAUUUAUCGAGGAAUUGGCCUCAUUGACUAGUAAACUCCUACAUUCAGCUUUGGAGCGGAUUCAACGCCAUUUACGUGAGAACCCUAAUGAAGCGAUUGAUGAGCUUUGGGAACUCGAAGGCGUGGACAUUCUGUUGGAUGCAUGGGUAGCCCUCGCAAACGACCCGCAGCUUUUAGAGGUGGGAGUCUCGACCUCCAAACCGGAGGCAGAACAGGCGCUGGCACUUCUCAGCGAGGCUUCGGCCCCGGUGGUAGAGCUCUACCUUCAGGUUCAACUGGAGUUGUGUGCUGUGGAGGCGCUAGCCGAACAGGAUGAAGAAGAGGAUGUAGAAGACAACGCCGCCAGCAGUGCACGGGAGCAAUAUGAGUUGGCUGCAGCUCUUGCCAGACUUAACUCCUCUGCAUCAGCAUCGUUGCUAGUGUCACUCGUGCAGUCAUUGAUGAACAAUGUGCAGCAGGAGCUGACAAAGCUGCAAGGGCGUGAUGAAAUGACCCCAGUGUUAUCACAACUCUUUGAGAAGCUGCACUUUGUUAUCCUGUUUGUGGGACUUCUCCUUGCCGACGACUUUGAAGGUGAACGACCAGGUAUCCCCAACCGAAUUCACGCCACUCUUCAAGGCGUUGCCACUGCUGAAGAAUCUCCAGUGGUUAAUCUCAUCAUGCUGAUCAUGAGUCACAUCCUUGAAUUCGAAACAACCCGUUUGGCACAGAACCCGUCGAGUGACUGCGUCAGUCCCUUCGUGUCUGAAGGACUGAUCAAAAUGACUACGCGUUUGUGUGCCACGUACCUUUCCCCGGAUGUUCUUGUGGACGCGGGCGAAGUGGCGCCAGCUCUUCUACAAGUAUUUGGAUUCCAGAACGGAGGCCGUGCUGGCGAACUGUUGAAUUUCCUAGUUCAAAAAGCGACGGUAUACUUACUUCACUGGCCAACGCAGCCCGUGGUCAUGGAAAACCUAAUCGAGUUCUUGCUGGUACUCUCCAACACGCGAGCCAUCAACUCGGUCUUGAAUUCGGAGAUGUGGCAAUCACUGGUUCAAGCCAAUGCAUCGGCUGGAUCCUUCAUUACUCCUACAGGCGGGAAUGCGACUCCACUGAAUACUGCUGUUGCCAGAGUCCCGGCUAAUCUCCGUGGACAACUUACAGAAGCGGUGUGCCGAGCAGGAAUGGCGUCAACGGAUCAGAAUAUGCGGGCAGCUCACUUCCAGGCCGUGAGCCAACCUCUCGCGCAGCGUCUGCAGCAGCUCAUCGCAACGCCGAAUUUCGAGUCUAAGCAGACUGCAAAUGAUGUGCGUGUGAAGGAAGAACUCAAGCUGCUUGUGGAAAUGUAUUCGGGUGUCGCGCGCUCUACUGAAUCAACCAGCCACGCUCCUAUCACGACCUUCUGCCUGCCUGCAUUGCCUGUUAUUGUCAAGAUUUUCCAGAUCUUCCAGGGCGACUCACAGAUUGUGAACCUUAUCCUGAACUUCUUUUGCGUUAUGGUGGAAGCGCAGUUGUGUUACCUCUCCCCUCGCGAUGCGCUGCAGGUGUACACGGCCAGUGACGAUCUCAUCCAUGCAUACUGCCGUCACAAUUUAGGCAAGAAGAGCAUGUUGGGCGACGCUGAAGAAGAAAAUUAUACGGAUCUGCUGGCUUUGCUUACGCUGCUAUCGCAUCUGGUGGCCAAGGACUUUAUCGAUUUCUCGGAAGACGCCACAACGCAACAGGAGCAGGCCGACGCUACUCGUGCUUCUAGUGUUGUAGCUGACGUUGUCUUUUCGGGCCUGCGCCAGGUGAUCCCGCUCAUGACGGAGCAGUUAUUGGCUUACCCCAGCUUGAGCAAGCAGUACUUUACGUUAGUGUCGUAUAUGGUCGAAGUCUACGCGGAAAAGCUCGUUUCUUUGCCAAGUGAGCUUUUCCAGAUGCUGCUGCACUCGCUGUUAAUCGGAAUGCGUCAGGUGUCGGUGGAUGUGGUGCGCAACAGCUUCCAGGCACUCGGUGAGCUUGCUAGUUACCACUGGAAAGCACUGCAGAGCCAGAGACCAGGACUCGAGGCUCACCGCCAGCAGCACCCUGAUAUGUUUAUGGCCUUCCUACGCGUUAUUUUCCGCAUGGCGCUCUUCGAAGACUUCAAUCCCGUCAUCCUGGAUGGGUGUGCAGGCACGCUUUUCCCGCUCAUUUUGAUAGAGCAAGCGCGGUACUCAGCACUGGCUGAAGAAAUUAGCCGCGAGCAGGCAAGUAUGGACGCUGGCAGCCAACAGCGGUUGGCUGCAGCAUUUGCAGAGCUCAUUAGCUUUUUGACGCCCGGGGAUAUUGCCACUGGCACAGCAACCACGCGCAAGAUGCGAAUGCAGUUUAAGACCAACCUGUACGCGUUCGUAGCUGAGGCGCGGGGCUUCCUCCAGGUGAAGUAACAUUAGAUCAUCAUCUUGAGAUUAUUCCAGCGCUUAAAUGAUUUCUAGAAUUCAUGUGGGUUAUCGCUACCCGAACGUCUACACCAACAAAGUUGAAUCCACCAUCGUAUUGCCAAUCUCGUCUCAGCAGCCAUCAAGAGCUUCGCGAUGAGGACGGGUUUAUCAGCCAGUGCAGGCCUACACUUCAGCAGUUCCUCUACCUGUGCGUUGUCCGACCAGUCUCGAGUCGUUGUCCAGCUUUCGACAACGGCGGCUACACUUGCUCUCGCCA